CUCCAGUUCAGACUUGACUUUGGGGAAGAGUGAGUGAAUUGUUUUCAAUCUAUUGUGAGUGAGUGAUUGAAAAUGCUGAAAAUCAGCUGUUUUAUCUUCCUCACAACACUUCUUCUCGUGAUUGUGAAAGCAGGCGAACUAAAAUGUUCCAAUCCGACUGAAAAUCCCCACAAUUUCAAAGGAACACCAAGCAAAAGCGGCUGCAUUGUCCUCUCAUGGAAACCCGUGCCUAAGAAGAAGCAAGGAUGCGGAGGAUUGUACUACAGAAUCUCGUGGGGACUCAAUCCUGAGAUAUUUAAAGGCCUGAAAUUCAUCCGAGAUUGGACGAAAUCUUCCUAUGAAAUCUGUGAUUUGGAACCCAAAACUGAAUACUUCGUUAUGAUUGUUGCGAAUAACAUUUACGGCGAAGCAAUUGGACCAGAACCCCAUCUGAAUGUGUAUUCCGGAUGA